GGUUUGUUGAAGAGUGCUCUCUGAGAGCAGGUGUGAGAGUCGAGUAGCAUUGGCCGUCUGUUGUGACCAGUGCUGCCGCUACUACUUCAAUCGAGGUAUUUUGCUUCAUUUUCACAAAAUUUACUUCGUCAGUCCUUCCAAAAAUCUGCUUCACUUUUUGUUCUGCUUCAAAUUUUAAAAUUUGUUCCCUAUAUUACCUAAUUGUUUUUCCUAUUCCCUUAAUUACAAUGAAAAUAGUGGUUUUAAUCACUGAACAUAUGCAAACGCUAUUUUUCAUCGCUGGAAUGGCAACCCUUUAUUUUUGCUUUGUAAAAGUGUCAUUGCGUGAACUGUCAAAUUGUUGUGAGUUAAUAACGUAUGGACAUGUGAUGUGCAAGAUGAAUCGCAAAGGAAUACGCUCACCGACGAAGAACAGGUUAAUAAGUAGCUAUUUCCAAAAGGAGCUACCUGCACAAAAUUCAGAUCCAGAAAAUGAAGGUUUUGUCAAUUGACUUUUACAGUGGCAGAUGCAGAUCAUCUUCAAGUGAUUCGUCUCCUCAAAAAAAAAAACUUGUCUAGGCAGUGGCAGAUCAUCCUCAAAAAGAAAGGACUUGUCUAGACAAUUGGUAAAUUUUGUUAUCAAACAUUUUCUCCGAUUUUUAAUAAAAGAUAUACAUAUGUACAUAUGUAACUGUUACAGUAUUUCUUCUUCGGAAUCUGACGACCAUGAGCCUGCAGCGACUUUUCCAUCACGACAAAAAAAAUAUAAACAACAUUUCAGAGAGGAAUGGAAGCGUGAUUUAAGUUGGCUAGAUAACAUCAAAGGCAAAGCAUUUUGCAAAAUUUGCCAAAAAUAUAUCUCUAACAAUAAAACAAAUAUUGAGA